CGCGCAGGUGAAGCCGACUCCGACCUAUCGCGGCAACUUUCGCUGCGGGGACCGGCGGCGGGAGGCCCGCGGAGCCGCCCUCUGCCGCCCGGGCUGCGUGCGGGGGGCCCGACCCGGGGGGGCCUCUUCCCGGGGAGCCCGUGCGGCUCUGGGCUCUCUCGGGGGCCGCGAGCAGCGCCGCCCUCCGCGGCUGAUGGAGGCGGGUGGCGCCGCCCCGGGCGCAGGUGACACAGGACAGGCCGGGGUUUCGGCCGGCCGCGGGCAGCGCAGGAAGGGCGAAGCGCCGACACCUGGGGCCGGGACGCGCCGACGCGGGGAUGGCCCGAGAGUUGAGCCAGGAGGCCCUGCUGGAUUUCCUGUGCCAGGCCGGGGGCAGAGUGACCAACGCCGCCCUGCUGAGCCACUUCAAGAGCUUCCUGCGGGACCCCGACGCGCCCCCCGGCCAGCAGCAGCGCCGCCGCGAGCUCUUCAAGGGCUUCGUCAACUCGGUCGCCGCAGUGCGCCAGGACCCCGACGGCACCAAGUACGUGGUGCUCAAGAGGAGGUACAGGGACCUUGUGGGGGAGGAGGAGCUGCAGCGACCCCGAGACCCGCCCGCGCCCGCCCCUGCAGGGGGGGCUGCGUCCUGCGCCCCGCAAGGCGCGCGCGGGGGAGAGCGGCGGCGGCGGCGCGAGCAGGAGCCGGAGGAGGAGCCCGCGGGGGCCGCCGCGCAGGCCCCGCGCUCAGGUGGCGGCGGACGCGCCCCGGAGGCGGCCCCGGCGGGCGGCGGGCGGGGGGGCGGCUCCGGCCACGGGCCGGGCGCGAGGUGCGCCGCCGCGGAGGCGCGGGGCCGCUGCUGCCGGGAAUGCCUGCAGAACGGCCCGGAGGGGCCGCCGGGCGAGCCCCUGCUCGGAGCAGCCCCGGGCCCCAGCCCGGCCGGGGAGCGGCCGGCGCGCGGCCCGCCGGCCCGGGACGACCGCGGGGCUCCGGGGCAGCAGCCGGAGGGCGCGUCCGCUGAGCGCGGCCCGGGGUCCGCAGCGCCCGGCUCGCCUCCUGCAGCUGUCGAGGCUGCCGGGAGCCGGGCUUCCCCGCCGGCCCCCCUGUCCCGCCCGGUUUCCCCCGGAGACCCGCCGGAGCUGUUGGCCCCGGACUCGCUGCACGACUCCACCCCGCAGCAGCAGCGGCAGCGCACCUGGGAGUGGGUGGCCAGACACCCCCAGAUCCCCGAGGCCCGGGACCGCGGCCCCACUCGAGCCUGGUCGGUGCUGCCGGACAGCUUCCUCCAGCUACCCUCGGGGCUGAGCCUCUGGGUCCGGGAACCUGACUCGGAGCCUCCAGACCCCGCGCUUGCGUCUCCUCCCGCCCUUCCUGUCGACCCGGAGCCCCGUCCCGAGAGCCCUCCGCGGGGGGUCUUCCGCAGCAUUCGUUGUCAGCUGUCCCUGCAAGACCUGGAUGACUUUGUGGACCAAGAAAGCCACGGCAGCGAGGAGAGCAGCAGUGGGCCUAGAGAGUCUCCCGGGGGUUCCGAAGAGGGGCUGCGGGUUGCUCUGGGAACCCCAGAUUGGAGAGAGCGCAGGAAUGCAGCGGGAGGCCUUUCUCCCAAGGAGGGAAGUCCCAGCAAGAGCCUUCAGGGCCUCGGGAGCAGAGGCGAUGGUCACCGCUCUCAGCAAGGCUCAACGGAGGCUAACGGCCUUGCAGGCCACCCCAAGGAGUCUUUGCCCUGGCCAGCUCCCAAGUUCAGGAGAUCCCUCAGGAGGAGCUCUCAGGCAGGGAGAGCCAAACUGUCUUCUUCCGAUGAGGAGCAUCUUGAGCAGGACUUGCUGAAAAGGACCCGUCGCCCACCACGGUCCAGGAGACCCUCCAAGGCAGGAGCAGGGCCCAGCCCGAGAGUGGAUGCUGCUCUGACACCCAGACCUGUGGGCAUUAAGGCCUCUCUUGCUGAGCGGGGUCGGCCACACAGCCCCUGGGCCCGGGCUGGGGACGAGUCUGCAGCUGCCGUCCUGCACAGACCUUCUGAGCACAAGUCAUCUGUGGUCCCCCUGGACGCCAGGGAGCACGAAUGGAUUGUGAAGCUUGCCAGUGGCUCUUGGAUUCAGGUGUUGACUUUGUUUUGGGAGGACCCGCAGCUGGCUCUGCACAGAGACUUCCUGACGGGGUACACGGCCUUGCACUGGAUGGCCAAACACGGGGACCUCGGGGCACUCCAGGACUUCGUCUCCAGCACCCGGAAAGCAGGGAUUACCCUUGAUGUCAAUGUGAAGUCCGGUUGUGGAUACACCCCUCUGCACCUUGCAGCCAUCCAUGGUCACCAGGGGGUCAUCAAAUUGCUAGUGCAAAGGUUGGCCUCUCGGGUGAACAUCCGGGACAGCAGCGGGAAGAAGCCAUGGCAGUAUCUGGCCAGUAAUACCUCUGGGGAGAUAUGGCAGCUCCUCGAAGCCCCUCGGGGCAGGCCCAUUUUCCGGGUGUAUCCUUUAGUCCAAAGCUCUUCCCCCACCAGGAAGGCCAAGAGCCGGGAAAUAUCUAGAAAUAUCACCCGGAAGACUUCCUUUGCCGCACUCCUCAAAAAUCAGCACAGCAAAUGGAAGUUGGCCAACCAGUAUGAGAAAUUCCCCAGUCCAAGGGAAAGAGAAGAGUACAGUGAUUGAGGUGCUCCCCUCUUUGGAACAGGCAGCCGCCACACCUUGAGCUGUUCAGUGAGAAAAUGCAGGGGCCAUAGAAAAAUCCCUGAGGGGUUGGUAAGAUCGUGUAAGAGGGUCAGCUAGUGUUUACCUGCCUGGAUUUUGUGUCAGCACAUCCCAGACCGCAGGGGUCAUCCAGGCUUAAGGACAGCCCAAGUCUUGGCACCAGCGAAACCUACACAGGGGGCAGAGGCAGGUGCUUCAAACCCAGGAGGUCCCCCCUCCCCACCCACCAGCACAGUCCUGGGCACCCGGAGCCACACUGUGGUCCAAAGCAGCUACCCCAGGCCUUGGCUACACGGGGAACAGAUGUCUAAGAAAAAGAGAGGCAAUUUGAGGGAUUGAUGAAGCUCAGAUAAAAUCCUUUCUGGCCAGUAGCUCUCCCGCUUCUGCUUGUUUGGAGCAUCAAUCUUGGCUGAGAGUAGAAAGCACCAGGUUUGAAAUCAGGUAGCUCCUGCUUUCUCCUUUUCCUCUUUUUCUUCCCUCCUCCUUUCUUCCCCCUGCCCUCCCUCUCCCGUAUUUCUCUCCCUUUCAAUUCCUUCUUUCCUCACGCCCUUCCCAAAUCAGUGAAAAUAAAAUUAUUACUGGAGGGGAGCUCUUGAAUUAAGAGAUUGCUCAUCCCUGGCUUCUGGCCUGCCUUUGCAUGCAGCCCCGGGUGGCUGAUGUGUGAGAUUGGUUCGUUUGGGGCUCGGCUCCAGGAGCAGAGAAGAGGUUAGGUACCAUCCAGCUGUGACUGACAUUCAGGCCCUGCUUUCAAAAAAAAAAAA